UACUGUCCUAACUCCUAAGAAAGAUUCCCUCAUUCGUUUUUCCACCAUUAUUCAAAUGUUCCGUUCAUUUUGUAGUCUCUUUUCUCUUGCUUAUCUCUCUUCUUUCCACCGCAUUAGCUCCCAAUGCCAGCUCGAUUACCCUCUGUUUAACAGUAGAUGGAAGAAGAGCUGGAACUAUAUGUAUGGUCUAAGCUACUCCUCUAAGUUGUGAUUUGAACGCUCCAGCCCUGAAGGAAUCCUCAAACCUGUGAUUCCUAAAUACUGCCGAGUAAGAUAUCUCACUGUUCAUCAUUAACUGCCUCAAAUUAAGAGCUUUAUUUAAACCAUUUCGCUCUGCACUCUGUGUUUCUGGCGUUCUUGCUCCGUUUCACGGGCCUUUCACUCCGAAGAUAAAAUCAAGCUCGAUUGAAGUGCACCAUUUUAUCCCUUAUUUCAGUCAUUCAAAUGGGAUUUGCUCAAUAGUCAUAGAGAAUGGAAUGUGCAUCGAGAGCCUGUUUACAAUCCAAUGCUUGUAAAUAUAGGUCCAUUGGAGUGUUUGGUUCUGAAAACCAACUUUCACUAAACAAUGCCAAAAGCAAAGAAACUGAGGAAGCUGAAUCUUAUUCAGUUAAAGUUCAUCCUUUGCGGGUUGAGGUUCACAGUAAAGUACAUAUCUAUGGUCAUCUUGUGAUCUUGAAGUUAUUCGAAGCAAUUUCAGCUCUGAAAUUAACCUACAUUAAUCUCCAAAAAGCUCAUAUUCCUUAUGAACCCGAUAAAAUUAGAGCAGCAGAUGAGGCCUUUUCAACUCAGCUGGUAUCACUAAGCAAGAUUAGGAGAGCAUAUGAGGAGACGAAGAAGCUAAAAGAACUGAAAUCUGCAGAAACCCAGGUCCAGGAAAAGAUUUUAGAUAAGCUGAAGAGCCUAGUCAAAGACAAAGAAUAUAAGAUUAUCUCUCUACAGAAAGAACUUCAUGAUGUAUACUCAAAGAACAAGAAACUGGCAAAGGAGCUUAAAAAUGUCAAGGUUUUGAGCUUCUCUCACAUUGAGAAAAAAGCCAAAGCAGCAUCAAAGGCAAUACACGACUUUUCCAAACCAUUGAUUACCUUAAUGAAGGUUACAGGUUGGGAUUUAGACGAAGCUGCUCACUCAAUCCAACCCUCUGUUGUUUACUCAAAUAGGUCCCACAAGAAACAUGCGUUCGAAGCAUAUAUUUCCCAGAGAAUGUUUCUUGGAUUCACUUCGAGUUUUUUCGCAUAUUGCAGUGAAAAAUAUCUAUCAAUAGUUCAUCCUGUUAUGGAAGUGGCGUUCUUUGGGAAUUUAGACCAUAAUACUUUAGUGAGCAAUGGAUUCCAUCCGGCAACAUCAUUCUACUCUUCAUUCUCUAGAAUGGCAAGAUCGGUUUGGGAACUUCAAUGUGACGUGGCUUAUGUGGGAGCAACUUGUGAAAUGUUUGGAGUCAAGAGGGGAAGUAAGUUUUCAAAUGUUUAUAUGGAAUCUGUGGAGGAGGUAAGUGAGGAAAGGAGCAAAGUUGGAUUGAUGGUCAUGCCUGGUUUUAUAUUUGGUGAUGGAUCGAUUAUCAAAUCUAGGGUCUAUGUAUAAAGAAUCUGACUUUUUUGUGUGAAAAGGAUGCACUUGCUGUGUAUGUAUAUUGAUGAUAUAUAUUUAGGACUUGGUGAUUGAAUAUAUUAUCAUGUGUUUCUUUGAGGUAUUGCUUUUCAAUAUACUUAUCUUGAAACUGAGCUGAUGGCCACAUUUUCCCACUGUAAAUGUAAACUUGUUGCUUCCUUAAAUCUCUGCAGUAUAUAGGAAAUGACUUGUAGAGCCUCACCUUCUGAGGGUGCGUUUGGUUCAAGGAAUGUCAGAUUAACAUGGAAAUCUCAGAUUGCUAGGCAUCACAUUCCGGCCUCAAUGUGAGAUAACCUAAGGCAUGGAAGAGUUUGCAUUUUGUGAUUCGGGAUGGAUUCAAGGGUAUGUUUGGAUCCUCACAAGUGCUUGGGGAAGAAAAAAAGUUACUCCUUAUUAUAAAGAAAGCUAUUUUCUUGAGUUUGAUUUUACCAUGGAAAAUAUAAAGAACAAUAAAAUACUCCGUAUUAAUAGUUCUUCAAUUUUUUUAAUUGUUUAGAUUUCCCAGUCUUUUGUAUAAAUCAAAAUGUAUAAAUAUAUAAAUUUGAACUUGAAAAAAUGAUAGAAAUAAGUGACUGAGUUUGAACAUAAAUCUGCAAGCCUUUUAUGAGUUUGAAUCCUAAAGGAAAACUGAAAAGGUGAAAAAAAGAGAAAAAAAAAAGAUUGGACGUCCAAUCUAUGAGGGCAUUGGAAGUAAUAUCGAUUUAUUCCCUGAAACAAUCUACACUAUGUGCUUCAAUCAAUUAAGAUACCUCAAUUGGAUAAUUUAAACAUAAAAAUGAUUAAUUAAUGGCUUGAAUCAAUCGAAUAUAGUUCCUCUGUCCUACAAAAUGCUUCUCACUUAUGAUUUGGGAUCUCCCAAAAAAAGCUUCUCAUCUAUCUUUUUGAAAAGUUUUGUGUGACUAAUAUUCAUUUACUGGAUGCAAUAACAAUCAUGUAUUUUCAUUUUAUUUUACUUUCAUAGUAAGCGUGCAAGUCCAAGUGAAAAUAUUUUUUGGGACGGAUGAAGUACCAAAUGGGACGACAUAUCACUGGGUGGGUCCCAAACCUGCCCAACGGCUCUAAUGACCACAGCAUAUAUCAAGCAGAUUGAUAAACUGGAUCUCAUCCUAGUAGAGUAGUUGUGGAUUAACCAAAAUCUACACAAAUAAUAUCAAAAUAAUUAAACAAAUAAAAGUCUUCCAGCUUGAGCUCCAUGAAAACCCUGUGUGUAAAAGCACCUGUAACUGUCAUUCACUCAUCUCCACCUAAUCUUUGAAGAAGAAGAAAGGAUUAAACAACUAAAUUAAUAUUCUAAUCAUUGCGUGACAGACAAACAUACGUGUGGUGGUCUGACAAAUAUGUAGCUCCUCGUACUAAUAUAAGCACUGUACCUUAUCUUAAUUAAUUCCAAAUCCUAACUAUUAAGGAAAAUUCCACUAUAAAAACUCCCCCCUGAUUCUUCUUAUCAUUCCAUCUUCUCCUAAACUUUCCAUCAAUGGGCACUAAUCACCAUAACAGGUUUAGAUUAUCAGAUAUAAUCCCAAAUUCCUGGUUCUUUCACAAACCCAGCAGCAGAAACAAGAACACCACAAAAUCAAGAACAGCCCCCACGAUUUAUUCCCCUGAAAACGACGACUGCUCUGCUUUCUCUGUUUCACCGAAGAGGAAGGCAGUAUACUUGCCUUCUCGAGAUCGAGGCCAUUUCAAACCUGCAAGAGAGUUUAGAGAGCCGUAUUAUUAUUCCAAGUCCAAGAAUGGAAGAAAGAAGAGAUCUUCAAGGGUUGUGGCGAUGGAGAAGGCCUCGGCUGAUCCGGAGAAGGAUUUCAGAGAGUCGAUGAUGGAGAUGAUCCUUGAGAAUGAGAUGAUGGAGGGGUCUGAUCGGGAGCUGGAAGAACUUCUUGCCUGUUAUCUUUCUUUGAACUCUCAUGAAUAUCAUCCUCUUAUUGUCAAGGCAUUUCAGCAAAUAUGGGUAGACCUUCGACUUUAGUUUUUUCUUGUUAUGGAACCUUCCACUUCAUUUUAAUCAGUACUAUAGUACUAUGGAGUACUAUAUACUCCACAUGUUUAAAAAAUUACAUUAUUGUACAGUUUCAGUAUAUGGUUUUUCUAGAAUAAUCAAUUAAACGGACAAAUUACAUGGCACUCUCAAGUUAUCAUAUAGUAGUAUUUUGUUAAUAUGGAUCAAUAAAAAUAUUGCAAUUGACUCAUUUAAA